UUACCUGUGGAAAGACUGGGCUCUAGAUAUUCAAAAUGGCCCUCUUCUCCUUCGCGCUUGGCAUCAAAACACGGCUCUAAACAGGAAACAAGGAAGCUUGACAUGCUCUAGUCCGCUCGAAAAUGGUCAAAGUGCUACUAUGCCAUUACUUUAGAUCUCAAAGAGUGUUCAGCGACUCAUUUAAUCCUACAAGUCUACACGCCUCACGUCAGUUCAUUUUUAUCGGAGUAGAAGGUUGUCGCGUGUUCGUCUACUGUCUUGAUCAACCAAACUUCCCGGUUUUCUGCCAGUUUUCUACCAUAUCCACUGCCGUCAAGCUUAUCUCUAAUGAUGCCGGAAACUAUGUGGCUUCAAUCGAGAGAAGACAGCAAAGGGAAGCCGUUACAUAUGCAAGGGUGUACUUCAAUUGGGAGCGCGCUUCGAAAAACGAAGCUGUUCGUGUUGUUGUAGCGGGAUAUUCAUCGUAUCAAAGAAACAACGAGGAUUCAAGCCAGCAAUUUUUUGCCGUUGAGCUCCCUUCGAGAACCUCAAUAACUGCUCUUGCAUGUUGCAAAAAUACUGGAAAUAUUAUUAUCGCCUGUGAUGGUAAACUUUCCGUGUAUCGACUUUGCUCAACUGCAAUUACAAAACCGGAAGUGGAAGCUGCUCGCUUCUCAUGUGAUCUUGAACACUUGAUAGACAUUGAGCCGGGUGUCGUAAUAAGAGGUGUUGAUAUUUGCGAUCAUUUUAUCGCAUUCAGAAGUAAACUUGAAGCAAGGGCUAUCAAAUUAGUUUUCCCGGAGCAAGCCCUAAACCUGAACAUUGAAGGAGAAAGAGAAAACAAUAAAACUCAAGCCAACCAGAGGGAUGAGGAAGAACACAAAGACAGCAUUCAAAACCCUCCAAACAAGCAGCAAGCUGUCACAGAUGAUGAGUGUGUCUAUUGGGAAUUUGACAAGACAGCCUCCUCUCCACAUCACACCAAUCAGUCGUCCCCCCUCAUGUUUGAUGAGGUCUUAUUUAGAACAGUUAGAACAGAAUCUUGUUAUGUUGACACAUAUUCUGAGUCUAAAGAGAUUCUUGGCCCGAUGACCGAAGUCAGAGGGCAUCCUCUUAAAGUUGGGUUUGCAGGACGGUUUGGCAUUGGUAUAAAUGUUGGCUGCAAUGAUGUCAAUGUCUGUGGUGUCACAAUGCUGUAUCGCCGAUUUCGCAAGGAGCAGUUGUGCAACAGUGACAGUGGGAUUGGGGCUCUUCACUCUCUGCAACUGUUGCCAACAUAUACUAAGGGUCUUCCGCUGAAUGAUGAAACUGUAAGCUCACCUCUAGUGUCCUUUGACCCUCAGCAACCACUACUUGGUGGUAUGUGUGUAAUGGUAUCAGGUCCAAAGGAGGGUUAUGUGUAUGACAUAUACAACAAGGCCAUGCUUCUAUCUCAAUACAAGUAUACAUCAGACACUAUCAAAGUCUCUGUCUGUCACACUCUACUCCAUGCUAUCACCAAGCAAGGUUUAGAGACCUACACUGUUAGGAUGUACGCUGCGGCAUCACAGGGCUUAAGAACUGACAGAGUGCUACAGCAUAACCUUAGUAGCAUGCAGAAUGAGAAAAAAGAAUCGAAAAUAGCAAGUGCAGAUGAAGGCAGUGAUCCUGGCAGCACUAGCGAGGCUAGUGCAGAACUAAAUCAAGUUCUUGAGACAUCUUGCACUAGUAGUGUUACAUCAAGUAUGGAUGGCUCCUUGUCAUCUUUCUCUAAAGAAUUUUCACUGCGGGAGUCACACCAAGGAUUUGGACCUCUUGGGUCUGAGUACAACCAGAAUACAGAAGCUGACUAUACUCUAAUGCAACUGAUAAGGAGCGCACCAUUUUCAACCAGGCAAGAGAGACAAAUUUUAAACCAGCAGUUGCCAAUCCAUGAGUUGCAGUGUUUGCUACAGAUUUGCCCAUCACCUACCCUGGACAUCUGUCUGAUUGGAAUGCACCCAUUUGUUGAUCUGGCAUAUUUGUUGUGCUCUGGAGAAGAUGUGGUGCUAUUCACACGUGCGACACAUGAUCUUCCCAGUACAAGACAUGGUCAUCCUAACCCAAAUGAGCGCCCGAUUCCUGAGUGGGCCAUCUACGUGCUUCAUAGUAUGGAUCCUUUGCAGCUGUACAAAGCAAUGAUGCCGCUUGCUAACAGAUGUCAGAGGCAAAAUCCACAGGCUUAUUACCAUCUUGUGUGUGAGCAGCAACUGUUGUUGAGGUCAUCCUCUCUGCUAGAGCCUGCUGGUGUCGAUGAAGGCAAGAGGAAGAAAAUCAGGAAGCUACUCACGGAGUCUGCACUUAACCUUGCCUCCAUAUGUUCAAAAGUGCAUCACGGAGAGGCAAACCUUGCUGCUGACUACUAUGAGAUGACAGGUUUACCCUUAUGGGAGGUGGUGAACAGGGCGUGGAAUGUUGGCCCUCCAUAUGGCCCAGGGAUGGCCGAGUACUUGGACAGAAAGCUGUUUGGCCCGGACGAGCCAGUAACAGUAUCAGAGAGCACUUCCAAAAGAAUAUUUCGUAUUUACUCACGGGUGAAGCCAAGCCGUGUUUCUGAGAUUGUGCUGACCUCAUCCUUAAACGGAUUCUCCCCAGAGACCGCCAUUCACGCUCUAGAGGAUUUAAAGAAAGUUGAGGAUUCCUCAUACAAGUUUACGCCCAUUGACAAGCUAGUCCUUUCUAUCCUCUAUCUUCAUCAGUGUGAGCCGUACCAAGCGAGAUCUGAGCUCGUCUCCAUCAAAGAAGAGGAGCUGGUCCAGACGCUUUCUGUGAACUACUUCCUUCUUCACGAAGAUCUAAAACACCUCACCCCAUUGGCACAACUGUUGCGGAAGCACACUCCUGUUGUGUUCUUGGAAAUUAUGCUUUUACUGCACAAUAGCAAGAAGUUACCACAGGAAACAAUACUCAGCUUACUAGGGGUUAACAAGCCUGAUGCGUACCGAAACAGCCAAGUGUUGAAAUUCCUAGAAUCAAUACUAAACGAUAAGAAACAACAGGAGUCUUUCCAGACCAUUGCGGCGCUUCUAGCACGGAUCUACUUGUAUCGAAUCAUGGAAAACCAGAAAACGACCAGAAGUGUCUCUGUGGCACACAAGACUCACAGCCACGUGCCCAAAGGCGACGGUUAUUUUGGCCAGCGAUUACCUUGGCUCGACAAGAUCUCGCCGUUUUCUGAAGCUACACCGGCGCCCUCUCCAAAUUGCCCAGUCUCCAUGAAAACUAGUGGCCAGUCCUCACCCCGAUUGACGCGCCAUUUAGCUCGGCCCAUGUCACCUUCCACAACGAAGAUAUUUGCGCGAUCGAGCGUCCCCUUCACUGGGCAUCAUGUGUCCCCAGGGGGUGGUACUGAUUCUCGGUGCACGUGUUGCUGCUGCACUGAAGAUCUCCUCAAGAUCCAGUCUCUCUUGAGUUCGUCGUUCGCCGACCGUGCACUGUGCGAGACUAUGCUAACCGAGAUGAACGGCAAAGAGUUCGCGGGAGACCUGUCCAUUCGCCUCCUGUGUUACCCUCGCCUUGAUCAACACAAGAAGGCCGUCGCGCAAAUCUUACAGAAAUGCUCGUCCAUCUUGUUACAAUAUUGCCAGGAUUUUUUUCAAGUUGAUCUAGCAAAGUGGUCAUAUCUUCUGACCGUGUUAUUGGAGCAUUUCCAGAAGCCAGUAGACCCCGAGAUCUUAUUGGACACAGAUGAUAGGAGGGUGCUGCUUGGCACAUUGAAGGGAACAUUAUCACGAUUGGCUGAACUGACCAGUCCACCGACCCUUCUCGCGCUAUUGCCGGACGAAGGAGACCUGGGCUUCUUCUUACCAUAUUUGGAGCAAUGCUAUCGACGAUGUACCGCUAAUAAGUUGAAUAGAAGGCUCCAUACUGGGAGUGUGUCAAUGCAAGCUAAGUCUUUUUCGUAAACAAAGCACUUUACGACACUGUUGAACUGGUCAUUGUAUGCGAGGAUCUUUGAAUGAUGCGUAUUUUAGGGACUCAUUUCCCUUGUAGUUGACACACGAAAC